AUGGGCUUCGAUGGCACCUCGGUCACUCCUCACAUUCGUACGCUGAUCGAGGAACAUCAUGUUGGCUGCAUACUACUUACUGCCAAGAACUGCAAAUCCGCCGAAGAUACUACGACGCUUAUUUACGAGCUACAGAAGAUUGCUCACGAUGCUGGCCAUCCUGUUCCCCUGGCGAUUGGCAUUGACCAGGAGAAUGGCGGCGUCAACAGUCUUUUCGAUGACAUCUAUAUCCGUCAAUAUCCCAGUAACAUGGGAAUGGCAGCUACAGGUUCUACCGAGCUAGCUUUCGAAGUAGCCAAAUCGACUGCACAAGAGAUUGCUGCGUGUGGUAUCAACUGGAUCUUCGGUCCGUGUCUGGAUGUACUCACCAAUGCACGUAACCAGCCUCUGGGAGUCAGGACGGCUGGUGAUGAUCCUCAGGAAGUGUCUGCCUUUGGAUGCGCCUUCAUGGCAGGCUACAAAGACGCUGGGGUGGUGACUCUAGGCAAGCACUUUCCUUCGUACGGUAAUCUGGAGUUUCUAGGCUCAACACUCGACGUGCCGAUCAUCACAGAGUCCCUAGAGCAACUGAGCCUAAGCGCUUUGAUACCGUUCAAGAAGGCUAUUGAAAGAGGUCUUGAUUCCAUGAUGGUUGGUGGUUGCGCCAUGUCAUCGGCCGGACUGAAUGUGAUGCACGCUUGUUUGUCUGAGCAAGUUGUCGACAAUCUCCUUCGUAAGGACCUGAAGUUUGACGGUGUCGUGGUCUCGGAGUGUUUGGAGAUGGAUGCUCUCAGUCACAACAUCGGUGUAGGUGGCGGCACAGUGAUGGCGGUCAACGCUGGCUGCGAUGUGAUACUUCUAUGUCGAUCGUUUUCACUUCAACAAGAAGGGCUGAAAGGCCUCAAGACCGGCAUAGAGAGUGAAAUGGUCUCGAGAGAACGCAUCUUCAACUCCCUCAGACGCAUACUAGCCAUGAAGAAGAAGUGCACAUCAUGGGAGAAAGCAUUGAACCCGCCGGGUAUCAACUACCUAGAGAAACUUCAACCAUCGCAUACCGCACUAUCAACAAAAGCAUACAACAGCUCCAUCACAGUUGUGCGAGAUAAGAACAGGCUUCUGCCGCUGACAAACAUAAUCGAAAGCGAGGAGGAGCUUCUUCUGCUGACACCGUUGGUGAAGCCUUUGGCUGCAUCAGCUGCAUCACGAGCAAUGUCCGACGCUGCUAAUGGCGCAGCCAGUCACUCACCAGAGCCAGCUGCUUGGGAUCGGAGUUCGUCAGUUAUGAGCGGAGAACGAGUCUUCAGGGAACUGGGCCGUUCUCUCGCCAGGCAACGCAACGGACGACUGCUUCAUACAUCUUACACUGCGAACGGUGUCCGCCCAGUCCACGAGAACCUCAUCAAUCGGGCAAGUGCCAUCAUCGUCCUUACGGCUGACGCAAACCGGAAUCUGUAUCAGCAUGGCUUCACCAAGCAUGUCUCAAUGAUAUGCAACAUGCAAUACACAACUGGUGGCGAAAGGCGUGAGAAGCCUCUUAUUGUUGUCGCCGUGUCGUCGCCGUAUGACUUUGCAAUGGACAAUACCAUUGGAACUUAUAUAUGCACUUAUGACCUAACUGAGACCGCUCUCAACUCGUUAGUACGCGUGCUAUAUGGGGAACUGCAAGCGACUGGAUCCCUCCCGGGUACGCUCAGCAAGAAACAACCUAUGACGCGACAACAUUGGCUCGUUGAGAAUUUUAACGAGACUCGAGACGAAAAGGCUCUGGAUACACUGAUCGCAGCUGUUGUCGAGGGUACAGGCUCAAACCAACGGUCGGAGAUGUCAAGCGCGACCUCGAGUUCGUUCAUCCUGCACCACCCGGAGGUAGAGGAGUCACAUUUCGUCGUUAGGAACAGCAGCACACAAGCACUGUAUGGAUUCUGCUCGACCUACUUUUUCAAGGCUACUGGCACUGGUGUGAUUGGAGCCUUGUUCGUAGAUCCAGCGAGGAGAAAGCUCUCGAUUGGUCAUUCGCUGCACAACCGAGCUAUCCGUACACUGCUGCAGAAAGGAAGUAUUAAGAGAUUCCAGCUUGGAUCACGCCUCCCAAGUAUGUAUCUUGGAAUCCCAACCGGACAUGGAAUUGAGCGCAAACGACUUCGGUCGUGGUUUGCUCAGCUUGGCUGGGGUGCUGCGCUUUCUCGUCCAGUCUGUAGCAUGGUUGCGCGCAAUCUGCAGGCAUGGACCCCACCUACUGGCAUGGCGAAGAGUCUAGCAAGCGCAGGAGCACAAUUCGACCUUGUGUACGGAUGGGAUUAUGCAGCACCCAUUCUCGACCACAUCAAAACGAGCAACCGUCAAGGUCUGGCAGAGGUGUACAAGCUUGCGCUCACAGACCCGACAGCCUGUGGGAUCAUUCGGGCAAAGCGACCAGAAGAUGGCGCGUUGGUGGGCACUGUUGUGCUUUACAAUAACCACUCGCGACUUGCUGAGUACAUACCCCCAUUGAAGGACCUCAACGAGGCGGCUGGAGGUAUUUCCUCACCCGUCAUAUCACCUGGUGUAGGAGAGUAUUCGACACUGCUGCAGGGGUUGAUCCUUCUCGGCAUGCGACAGAUCAAGCAGUUGGGGUGCAACGCAUGCUUGCUCGACUAUAUGGACGGAGACGGCAACUUCGACGGCUUCUCGGCAAUGGGGUUCGAUGUCAUGCAUACCUUUGAGGAAGUUAGCUGCGAUGCUGCAACAUGGACCAUGGUCCCACCCGCUUGA